AGCAAGUUAUAGCUACUGCGCAGCCGCGAUAGCGCUGACCCCUCCCUAUCUGUGACGAGGAAAUAGUUGUUGCUAUUCAGCUGCGCUGUCACCAGGGAAGUUGCCACAGGGAAGUUCAGAAAACUACGCAGUUAUAUCUAGCAUUAAUCUAGUCUAACGUUGUAAAGCUUUCUUCUGACAACAGCGAAAACUUUCCGAAACGAUGGCGCUCAGCGAUGCGGACGUACAGAAACAGAUCAAGCACAUGAUGGCCUUCAUAGAACAGGAGGCCAGUGAGAAAGCGGAAGAGAUUGAGGCCAAGGCAGAGGAGGAGUUCAACAUAGAGAAAGGCCGUCUGGUUCAGACCCAGAGGCUGAAGAUCAUGGAGUAUUACGCCAAGAAAGACAAGCAGAUCGACCAGCAUAAGAAAAUUCAGAUGUCCAACCUGCUGAACCAGGCCAGGCUGAAGGUGCUGAAGACGAGAGACGACAUGAUCUCUGAUCUGCUGAGUGAGGCUCGCCAGCGGCUGUCUGAGAUUGCCAAGGACCCAGAAAGAUACGCUGUUCUGCUGGAGGGGCUAAUCAUGCAGGGAUUCUACCAGCUGUUGGAGCCAAAAGUGACCAUUCGCUGCCGUCAGCAGGACGUUUCCAUGGUGCAGGCUGCUGUUGACAAGGACAUCCCGGUCUACAAAGAAAUGGUGAAGAGCAACAUCGUGGUCCGCAUCGACGAGCAGCGGUUCCUCUCCUCCGACAUCUCUGGAGGGGUGGAGUUAUACAACGACAAUGGGAAGAUCAAGGUGUCCAACACUCUGGAGAGCAGGCUGGAACUCAUUGCACACCAGAUGAUGCCGGAGAUCCGGGUGGAGUUGUUUGGUGUCAACCCCAAUCGUAGGUUCCUGGACUAAUGAGCCAGCCCUGCCUUCACCCUCAAACCCAUGGAGGAGCAGGAGGAGCAGGAGGAAGAGGAGGAGCAGGAGGAGUUGCAGACUAGAGAAUACCGGCCAAGGUGUUCACGGACAUCCCCGUUGUGAUUGAAACUGAAAUAAACUUCUUUAGUUUGAAAGUGCCUUUGUGGAGGACUUCUGUGUUCAUGGCUGCAGUAAGUCAGUCCGGCACUUCUGGUAUCGUAGCAACCUCAUGGAGCCCGUUCCGUGGAUGAACCGGAUGGUUUGUCUUGUUUGUUUGUUUACUGGAUGAAUGAAAGACAAGUGCUGGAACUCUCUAAACCACUGCUCUCUGUUGCCUGAUGACCUCUUUGAAUAACUGAGCAAUGUCAAAGAGCUUUGUUUGAGAUGCUUACCGCCUUAACAUGUUUAGUAGCUUGGACAGCACGCGCCAAUCUGAUGACUGUUCUACAGGUUUUACUCACUUGGGUUCUUAUUGCCAUAUAGAUAGUUCCUAAAAUGUUGUGGGGAAAAACCAAAGAAUUGUGUGUAUGAUUUCCUUUUAACCCUCGUGCUGCCUUCGGGUCACAUGACCCAAAGGUUCAUAACGAACCAUCGUUGUGUUUACCCAAUUUUACCCAAUACAAAAACAAAUUAAAAUAAUUUUCUUUUAACCUUUGCAAUGUGGGGGGUCUGAGACAGCCUAGCUGUUAAAAGAAAAUGCUUCACUUUGUCUUUGUAUGCGGUAAAUUUGUCGCAAUACGACGGUGGGUCACAAUGACUGAUGGGUCAGAAUGACCCGAAGAUAACACAAGGGUUAAGUGAUUGCGUUUGUGUUUUUGUUUUACUGUAUUGUACUUUGAUGUAAUCCUCCAUAAGUAUUCAACAGAGAAAAGCAAGGAUGUUUGCAGUCUUUUAUUUACAUCUUUUAAACAGAAAUAUCGUUUUCAAUUUUCAUUGUUUCUUUUCUCUCAAAAUGUAGUAGCUAUUUUAGCUCAAUCGACAGUGACACUUUUAUAAAUGUAGAAAAUGCUUUGACUGCCACCUAGUGGUGAAACAGUUGGAAAUAACCUGCCUCUAAUACAGGUCAUACUGUCGUCUCACCAAUUUAGGCUGCAUUAAAAUUGGACACCCCCAAAAAAACAAUUAACAUUUUUAAAUUAUGUAUAUCUUAACGCACACAUUCAGUAAAUGUUUAGGACAAGAGACUCCAUCAGCAAAUAUAAGGCUUUAUUGCAGGAUUAUUAAGAUUUAUUGUGCGUAACAUGUCA